AGUCUUCCCAGGCGAUCGGCUCUUCGUAUCUAGUCGUGUGUGUUCGGGGAGAAGCAAUGCGGGGGGGCGGGCUGAGCGCUGCUCCCUGCCCGUGCGACCGAACUUGCCAGUGAAGAGCGUUUCUCUCCACCGGGCUGUUCACCUGAGGCGCUGCUACUGCUGCGUGAAAAACCAGCCGCCUUCGAGUAUCUGCUGCUGAUUUGCACUCGGGGGAAUGUGGGGGCAUUAAGUGCAAAGCGCUAUCAAGAAGGAGGAAAAGUUUUCUCCCAACGCAGCACCGCUGAUUAAGCCAACAACAACAAAAACAAUACGGCACCAUAAAAUAAACACCGAUUAAGCCCCUAAAAUAAGUAACAUGGCGACGGGUGGAUUUAGAUCAAGUACAACGACAGACUUUCUCGAAGAAUGGAAAGCCAAGCGAGAGAAAAUGAGGGCUAAAAUGCUUGGGGAUAUUGCUGCUUCUACCGGUGGGAACACGGCGGCACCUUCUGCGGUCGGGACGAGCAACAGCGAGUCGAGAAGUCCAACUUCUCCGGGCGGCGAGUUGAACAACAAUGGGAAUCCGGAUCGCGUAGUUGUUUCUUCUUCUUCUUUCAACUGCGUCUCCUCUUCUCUCCCGAUGGCUCGAUCCUCGUCUUCCUCAGCCCUGAGGAGGAUGGAGGAUGACCCGCACCAGGCGGCCGCGGGCAGGGGAGGCGAUCCUGCCGGAGGUAACCUGAAGAAGUCUCCGCCGCCGGAGAAGGUCCCCAGCACCCCGCAGCCCGAGUGCGCCGGGAUGAUCGUGUGCAACGACAGCGACAAAGAUCGGUCCCCGUCCCCGGCAUCGAUCUCAAGCAAAGGCAAAGAGAAAAGCAAGAGCUCGGGCCCCAGCGCCAGAAAGGGAAAGGGGCAGAUAGAGAAAAGGAAGCUCCGAGAGAAGCGCAGAUCCACAGGUGUUGUCAGCAUACCUUCCAACGAGAGUCUCGAUGAACUAGAUGACGACGAUGCGGCGCAGAAGGAACGGAAUAGGGAGGAUGCCAUUACACAGCAGAACACGGUACAGAACGAAGCCCUUGCGUCUGACCCCAGCGCCUCUCCUUUAUUACAGGACACAUCAAGACCUGUAACCAGUCGAUACAAAAGUUCUGCAGGCCCUGCUUCUGAAGAGGAGGUCCCCGGGAACAGAUAUUCUGCCCGAACGGAUCGUUCAGGAUACAGCCGCCACAACAGAGAGGCUAAUCCUGCAGGGUCUGGAGCCCUGGAAAGGAGACUAGAAGAGCUGGAAAGGGAACUUGCCAAGGAGAGGCAGGAAAAUGUACGACUAUUGAAAAUCCAACAAGACAAGGAUGAAAUGAUUGGAAAGCUGAGGGAAGAAAUUGACCUGCUAAAUAGGGAUCUUGAUGACAUAGAGGAUGAAAAUGAACAGCUGAAGCAAGAAAAUAAGACCCUCCUGAAGGUUGUAGGUCAGCUGACCAGGUAGAAGUGUUACAUGGGAAGGUGGAAAAAAGUAAAAGCUAAAUGAAUUGUUAGCAUGGUUACCGAGGAACGCCUGGUGCACCCUGCAAAUUAAUUGAUUAUUCUGUCUUUGUGUUUUUCUUUGUUUUUUAUUGGAAUAAUAAUUUCAAGAUAACCAGAUGCUCCUGUUAUGCACAGCUCUUUAACAAUGUCUCAGAAUAUCUCAGCAUAAAGAACAGAUACUGUUUUUUGUAAGUACUAAACAAUCAACAUAAAUGGGAUGUCUGUGAAUGCUUUUGGGUGAAACUAUAUUUAAUGUAAAUUUGUUGUACAUAAGCCCUUUGAGAUUGUUCUGAUGAUCCUAAAACAAUGAAUGUAAGUGGUAGACCACCAAACACUAAAGAAAUGUUUGUUUCCAAGGAUUGACACCUCUGAUGAUGGUAAUGUUUUAAAAGGGGGGUCACACAUUUUUAUUGAUAAGUAUGAGCUGCGGUUACAUUGUUUCUGGUGUUUACAUUGUAUCUUUGGGGUAUUUAAAGUAAAGAAAUUGUAGAACACUUAGUUGUGUUUUCACCAAACUAUGACAUUAGACAGUAACUUUAAUUAGCCAAAGUAUUAAAAGUAUUUCAUUAGCAUAACACCUUGUGGAAAAUGAGUAGUUUAUGAUGCAGAAUCUCUUUGAAUUCUAAAAAAAGGAAAGCCUGGUGCUUUUUUCUGCUCAUACUACAGAGGGUGAUGCAUUUUGUACAUAUAAUCUGUACUUGCCAUUUUUUAAACCAGGAUUGAAGAUCCUAUCGAAGGUCAAAUGUAAAUGGCACAAGUAAACCAGUGAAUAUGUGAAUACAAUGAAUGUCAAGUCAUUUGUGUCUAGACAUUGGUGUUCACGAAUUUGUAGUUUCCCAGAAAUUACAUAGUUAAUUGUGAUGAUAAAUUAGGUUUAAAAAAAUGAAAAAAAGCAAAAUACCACCUGUUCAUUAAAAUGUCUUCCAUUUCUAAUUCAUAUGAAAUUAAAACUAAUAUGUAAUAUUCAUUACCUAGAGAUAGCUUUUUCUUCUUUAAUGAAAACAAAGCAGAUGCUGAAGCUGUGUUUGGAAUGCCAAGAAAGCAAGCCAUUGUGGCAAGACAGUUGUUUUAUCAAAAUGCAUCAUUCUGGCUUCUUUAAAUUCUAGAAUUCACUUGGGCUUAGUAAUGUAUCUUUGAUAUGACUUAAAUCUUAAAUCUUUGAUAUGUGCUGCAAUUUGUAAUGCCUUUUUCCCCUACUUCCAUUACAUUAAAAUAUAUACUUUUAAUUUAGCUGUAUCAUGAUGUAUCAUAAUGAUUUUGGUAGAUUUCACCAGUAGAUUAUGCAUGUACAGAAGAGAAGUCAUUAAAUAAAGGCUUGAUUAUAUAUUUAA